AUUACAUCAACCCGAUGUUGAGAUGUUGUACAGUAGUCCAUGGUCAAUUCUAGAUAUGUGCCUACAGGUGCUAAUAUCUCUGUAGAACUGGUCCUGGCCGCUGUUGUGAUCCCUGUACUGAAGAUACUUAAAUAUCUAGGAGCGUAUUUUAUCUGCGCAAACGACAACGUAGGCUCUACUCAGGGAGACUUUGAUCCUUUGGAACCAGUGUGCUCAUUGUGGACCAUUUCUACUUAGCUACCAUUCAGAGUGUUGCUGUCUGACAGCUUAGUGUGGUUCAACCGUCCUCUCAACACAGCUGGAGAGCAGGAAACUGAGGCUCCUCAACAUCUGCUGCUCCCAAAUUGUGGGUCGUUCACUGGAAAACAAAUUCACAGAGCUGUGUAAGAAAACACGCUGCGGGACUAUCAGACAAAAUUGAUGUGGGAUCGGUUGCAGAAAGAAAAAGUGAAUACAUUGUUGCAGAUUACAUAUUGGUUUUCUUUUUAAGUUCUUUACGAUGAAUGCUUAUGAUGCUGCUUGAUAUUUGUUUUUAUCUGUCUUUGGAAUGCAUCUAGAAUAUGUCAACCAAACCAAAAUAUUUUUUUAGUCAACUAUUUUAUGUAAGUCGCACCGAGCUAUAAGCCGCUGGUCUCUCCUCCACUCUCGGUUUUCCCUCCGUCUCCAAAAUCAAACCAUGGAUUUGUUCACGCCGAGCUUUCAGUGCAGUGGCUCUAUUUCCCUCCUGUGCUGCCAGAUUGAUAGCCAUCAACUUAAAAGUGGCAUCAUAUGAACUUCUUUGUGUGGUUUCCAUAGUGAAGGGGUAUGAGUGUGAAGAAAUUUCUCCUAUGUGCCUGCCGCCUGCAUGUGCUUGUGCUAAAUAAAACUCAGUACUUUCUUCUUUACUUUCCAAUUUUGACGUCCUGUGAUUCGCUUCCUGCUAAAGAGGCUCCUGGUGGUUGAAGAAAAAUCCCACAGAAAAGCAGCACCGGGCUACAAACCGCAUGGUUCAAAGCGUGGGAAAAAAGUGGAGGCUUAUCGUCUGAAUUUUUCCUAUUGUGAUAUUUACUGCUACAGAUCAUAACUAACUCGCCGUUGGAUUAGUUUCUCUUUUUACACCCAUGCUUUUCUUUUAACAAUUAAUUAAAAAUAAAGGUUUCACACUUUCAGCGUCAGCCAUAUUGAGAUAGAAUCACAGUUUACAACUGCUACACCACAGAGCCGCAAUCGACUCUUUGACUCCUUGGCUCACUUAUUAUUAAAAGAUUUAAAUAUUCCCCUUCCUUUUUGUUUCAUUCUCUUAUGCCGCCAUGUGAAAAACAAAACAAAAACACAAACAAACACUGACCUCAAAGCUCCAAGCUGGUAAAUUUGGACAGGAACUACUCUACUGCGGUCAGUGACAGGUGUGUGUGUUUUAUUUUCUUAAAAGAACAAUCACAACUGUUUCCUGAGAGGCGUUUUACUUUGAAAUUACGGACCAGAAGCUUAGCUUUGUACUCACUUAACUUGAUAAUAUGGAUUAAUCCAGGAGCGCCACAGAAAUCAAACAGCAGUCGCCGCCUCGCAGUGAUGAGGGAUGACAGAAAAAACAAGGCUGCUCUCAUUUAGAUGACAUAAAUGCUUUUUCCUUUUUCUUUAACAUUCAUAAGGUGGAUAUAACCGGUGGAAUAUUUUGUUGUUUCUUUCUUUUUACUUUUCUUCCUUUCUUUUCUUUUAAAUUUCCUUUUCAUUCGCAACUGGAUCUUAGAGCGGACACAUCACCUUGCAGGAUGGAUCCAGCUGGAGAGCUUUUACGCUGCGCAUUUCUCGGAGCGUCUCCUCAGAUGCAUAAAAAUUAAGCGGUCUCUGUUCUGAGAGACAAUGAAGUACGGACUGGUUGUGCUCUCGGCUGGCUUUACUGGUUUACUCAGCUUCGCAUUCCUUGCUGUGGCCAUCGGAACUGAUUACUGGUACAUUAUCGAUGUAAAUAAAUCCAACCACACGGGGCCAAAUGACCUGAGUUCACACUCUGGAUUGUGGAGAAUCAUUGAAGGUGCAAAUAGGAGUUCAGUCAUCCCCUCUUUUACAGCAAAUAUGUCCAGCCUGUCAGAGACUGAAAGGCACCUUCUCGGCUUGCACAAAGUAGUGGUCAUCUUGCUACCUCUCAGCCUGGUACUGCUCGUGUUUGGAUGGAUCUUCGGACUGGUCAGCUCAUUGGCCUGCAGUCCCAGGCUGCUGGCUGCAUCGGCUUCCUAUGUUCUCCUCUGCAGUAUUUUCACGCUAUCAGGGGUCAGUAUCUACAUCAAAUACUCUAACCAGGCCAUGGAGGAGUUCCGACGGAUUGUUCCCCCUGAAAAUCUCGUCUUUGUGCACAUCUCCUUUGGCUGGUCGUUAGCCCUGGCAUGGCUCUCCUACAGCCUGGAAGUAGCAACAGGUCUGCUGCUGUUGCUGGCUGCCAGAAUAACUCAAAUAAAAGGGCAUUAUGAUUCUGGUGUUGCUAUAGCUAUGUUGUAGUGAAACUAUAUACUCAUAUUUUUUAGGGCAGUUUUUUGGCUGUAGUUGUUUUGUUUCUUAAUAGCUUGCCAGCUUGUAAGAGACCAAAACACCAAGAGCCAAAAACCACAGAAUAAACUGAAGGUAACUUUCUUAGACACACAGAAGCUGACAUUAAAUCACAUUAUUGAACUCCUUUCAUCUUUUCAAAACUAAAUUGUGUCUAUACUGACUCUGCUUAACAUUGUUGUGUUUAUAAAAACAAGAAGAAGUUCAAGUGAAUUGAUGGAUAUUGGUUCUUGAAUGUAUCUAUGCUGUAGCUUUCAAGCUUGCUGCCACUAAGUGUUGUUUUUUUCUAAAGCGUUAUAUAAGUUUCAGGAGGUCAACCAGAAGAUGUAGCACAAGCUGGCUCUAGCAGAUGCACAAAUAAGUUGGCAUUAAAUUACUUUUCUUGGCCACUUGUAUUUUCCUUCUGUCAACUGACUUUGACUAAAGUAAUGUUAUAAAUCGCAGUGUAAAAUAGAAAAGACAACCUAUCCACCUAAUUAUUGCAGAGUAGCAUUAUUUUUCCCAUUUGUUCAAAUCUACCACUCCUUGGAAGAUUUGUUGCUGUUUCAUUUUUUCUCCCAAUUGUGGAUAAUCAGCUUCACUGUAGUUUAAAAGCCCCAAAGCCUUAGAAACGGCUUCGUAACCCUUUAAAUUGCUUUGAGUUUUACGAUAACUGUUUGCCCAUUUCACCUUGUCAAAUUUUGAUUCUGAAAAUCUGACACUAGGGAAACAUAGAAAAUAAAAUUUAAAAAAGUAUAAAAACAACUAAAAAUAAACUAAGCCAGUCUGGAAAAUAGCAAUGAAUUAAUAACUUAACAAAUGUAACAACUAUUUUCUCACAUUGGGCAAGAAUGACAUGAGUAGUUAACCCUCCCCCCGCCAAUUAAUGAAAACAUCAUUUGAAGACAGCAUUUUGUAUUUCUUCAGGUCAUUUUUGUCAAAUGUACAAUCUGCAGCAUCUUAAGUGCAAAAAGCAGAAAGAGAAGAAGUAUGUAAGGGAAUUACAUUUGUUUGCCUGUGGUGUUUUCUCUUUAUGAAUUGCUGCUGUCUUUCUUUAAGUUUGAGCCCUGUAAUAUGAAAGCAGGCUGAGCAGUUUGGCUGAAUUGCUUUUUUUUUUCUAUUUUGAUGUAUGCAGAGGGGUUGUUUCCUCUACCAUGUUUUUCUGCUUAUAUAUGGACUGCAGUGGUGCUGUAGUGUAUUUUAUUGGAGUGAAAACAUUGCUGACUCUGCUGGAGUAAGCCAUCACCUCGAAUAUGAGACCCUUACUGGGUGUGAAGUUAUAUCGUCUCAGAUGUUUGCUAACAGAACAACUGCGACAUUGCUUUUACAUGUACUAUCAGAAGCCUGGAGAUCACAUUUGAAACGUCUUCUAAAAUGCUAAAAUGAUUCACUGUUGAAGCCAAUAAGCAUAGUUACUCCUUGCCGUUAUAAACCUAUACGGCUUGGCUUCCAGUAGAUCAAAUAAAUUUGAAAACAAAGUAGAGGAUGCAACAAGUAUUCUGAUGAAGAUGCUUUUUUUUAGUGGAACAAAACUUAUGCAUGUGCUAUAUGUCUGUCAGUUGUCCAGUAGGCUAAUGUUAUUUCUCCUAGCAAUAAAAAUUAGCAAGUAAAAAAAGAGUGCUGCUAACUGUACAGUACUCAGCACGAACUGUGUAAUAUUAGUGCUUGUGCAUAAAUCUCAACCCUUUUUGUGAGUUUCAGUAAAUAAAUAAUUUGAAAUAUCAUUCCAUCUGUUUAUUACAAAAGAUUGGCAUCACAUGUGACUCUUUAAGAUGAUCUGAAGCGCCCUGGCAUUGUCUGAUUUUUGCACUUUAUCCUUGCUCUGCAUUCUGGUUACAAUGAGUUGUUCUUAGGCAACAAUGAUUACACUCACGUGUCUGUUUUGUUUUGGAUAGAUUCAACGUCUGAAUGUUAGCCUGUGAAUGUCAAUGAAGCACACUGGGAGUCUAAAAGCAAAGAUAUUGCUGUGUGCGAAGAAUUGCUGCUGCCAGCCCAGGGAGAAUUUGGUGAUGUCUUAUUAGUAUCUUUCAGCACUGUUGCCUGUAAGCUCUAUCAAUAAAACCCAUUUAAAAUAG